GAGAUAUUCAGUUUUACUGUGAACAGUGGGAACAGUGCAGGAUCGGUGCACGCGGCGUUCGGUUUUUCUUACUGCGGAGUUUUAUCAUUUAUAUUGUUUUUGACAAAAUCAAUGAUGUCUCAGCACACCCAACAGUCUCCUGUUGCUAAAGAAAACCCAUAUCAAUUACGACAUGAGGAAAUAAUCAUGAAUGAUACCGGAAACUUUUCAAGUAUAAAAGGAAUUCUCUUCAUCAUAUUGAAACUCUUGGUCCUUAUUUUGAAAGUUCUUUACUAUAUCUGCGAAGGAACGUACAGAUUGUUUGUCCCAAGACAAAAAAAAGAUGUAUCUGGCGAAGUCGUUUUGAUAACUGGUGCGGGUGACGGAAUUGGAAAAGAAUUAGCAAUUGGUUAUGCGUCCUUAGGAGCAACGGUGAUAUGUUGGGACAUCAAUAAAGAAAGCAAUGAGCAGACAAUGAACGAGAUUAAAGCAAUGGGAAAAAGUUCUGUAUAUGCUUAUCAAUGUGAUGUGUCAAAUAAAAAUGAAGUCUUCAAAAUGGCUGAAAAAAUAAAAAUGGAAGUUGGCGACGUUACUAUUUUAAUCAACAAUGCCGGUAUUGCUCCAGUAAAAACAUUACAAAAUUAUAACAUCGAUGAAAUUUCUAGGGUCAUAAAUGUAAAUUUAAUGGCACACUAUUGGACGAUGAAAGCAUUCCUACCAAGCAUGAUCGAAAAGAAUCAUGGUCACAUUGUAGCAGUUUCAUCGCUAGCAGCAUUAUUUGGCAAAAAAUAUGGAACACUUUACUGUGCUACAAAAGCUGCAGUUCGACUUCUUAUGGAAUCUAUUGCCGACGAACUACAUAAAGGAAAGUCUUGUGUUAAAACGACCACGAUUUUCCCGUGUUUCGUGACUACAAAUUUGAUUAAAAACUUAAGAAUAAGAUAUGGUUUAACAUAUUAUUCACCACAACAAGCAGCAUCUUUAAUAAUCGAUGCACAGAGACAAGAUUACAAAGAGAAAUAUUUUCCUACAAUCUCUUCAUUAUUGAUAUUUGCAAGAAUUCUUCCCAACAAGGCACUAAAGUGCCUAAUAGAUUUGCUUGAAAUCGAUGCUGAUGAAGACGAUUAAAAAUAGACGUAGCAUACUAUUACGUUUUUUUAAAAGCAAGCAAAUAUCUUGUAGGCUAUAUAUUAAGGGAAAAAGGUUGUUUGUGCAAUGAAAACCCUCAGAGUUCGUGAUUUGAUACUUUAUUCUGUGUUCUUGAACGUGUUGAAAACAAAUAGCGCAUUGGAUGCAGACACGUACAGUCAUAGGUUAUACAUCUUUACAUAGAUGGUCUCCCCCACAAAAACAUGCACGUUACACCCACGUGGAAUCCAUGUGGAUUCCACGUGAACUCUACGUGGAUUCGACGUGAAUUCGACAUACAUUUUUGUGGGGUCGUUCGUAUGACUACUAUAUAUGGUUAUGUAUAUUAUGGUUGGUUUACACUGUUCAGGCGUUCUAGUAGAAAACAAAAGUUACAUAUUGUUGGAAAAUAAAAAAACUUAUUUAAAUGGAAACAAACCAAAUAAAUAAAAUUAUUUUAACACUCUUCCUCAUUUGAAUAAAUACUUAAACCUAGGCCCCUAUUCUUAAAAUAGUUACAUAUACGCACAGACUUCUAUAUAGAAACUAGACUGCUAAUACCCAUAUUUAGCGAGUGAUCGGAAAAAUAUAGGGUGGUCAUCAUCAAAGGACCAUACCAUAUAGGAGUAAUAAUGACCCAUACAGCACAGAUCUUGC